UUCUUUCCGGCUUCCUCGCUGGUGUCGGCUACGAGAGCUCUGACUUGUCUGGAUUCUAUAGAGCUCCAAUAGAAAAGUCUUGAAAAAAAACUGACCAUUUCUUACAAUUCUAAAACCAUGGCCCGUAGUUCAGUGACAUUCAGGGAUGUGGCCAUAGACUUCUCACAGGAAGAAUGGGAAUUCCUGGAUUCUGCUCAGAGGGACUUAUAUAGGGAUGUAAUGUGGGAGAACUAUAGCAACUUCAUCUCACUAGGAUCUUCCAUUUCUAAACCAGAUAUGAUUACGUCAUUGGAUGAAGAAGGGAAGGAACCUGGGAUGCUUGUGAGGGAAGGGGCAAGAAGAUACUGCCCAGAUUUGGAGUCCAGAUAUAGAACCAAUACUUUAUCUCCAGAAAAGGACAUUUAUGAAAUAUAUUCCUUCCAGUGGGAUAUAAUGGAAAGAAUUAAAAGCUAUAGCCUUGAGGGCUCUAUUUUUAGAAAUGAUUGGGAAUGCAAAAGCAAGAUUGAGGGGCAAAAAGAACCACAACAGGGAUAUUUUGGGGAAGUGAAAAUUACCUCUGAAAAAAUGGCCACUUACAAAAAACACAAUUUUCUUACUGAGUAUCAGAUAGUUCAUAAUGGAGAAAAGUUAUAUGAAUGUAAGGAAUGUAGGAAAACCUUUAUUCGUCGCUCAACUCUUAGUCAACACCUGAGAAUUCAUACUGGUGAGAAACCUUACAAGUGUAAGGAAUGUGGGCAGGCCUUUAGACAGCGUGCACACCUUAUUCGACAUCACAAACUCCAUACUGGUGAGAAACCCUAUGAAUGUAAGGAAUGUGGGAAGGCCUUUACAGUGCUCCAAGAACUUACGCAACAUCAGAGACUUCAUACUGGUGAAAAACCCUAUGAAUGUAAGGAAUGUGGGAAGGCCUUUAGAGUACAUCAGCAGCUGGCUCGACAUCAGAGAAUUCACACUGGUGAAAAACCCUAUGAAUGUAAGGAGUGUGGGAAGACAUUUAGACAGUGUACACACCUUACUCGACAUCAGAGACUUCAUACUUCUGAGAAGCUCUAUGAAUGUAAGGAAUGUGGGAAAGCCUUUGUAUGUGCUCCAGACCUUAGAGUACAUCAGAAAAUUCAUUUUGGUGAGAAACCUUAUGAAUGUAAGGAAUGUGGAAAGGCUUUUAGAAUAUGCCAACAACUUACUGUCCAUCAGAGUAUUCAUACUGGUGAGAAACCCUAUGAAUGUAAGGAAUGUGGGAAGACUUUUAGAUUGAGACAACAACUUGUUCGCCAUCAAAGAAUUCACACUCGUGAGAAACCCUAUGAAUGUAUGGAAUGUUGGAAGACCUUUAGUAGUUACUCCCAACUUAUUUCCCAUCAGAGCAUUCAUAUUGGUGAGAGACCCUAUGAAUGUGAAGAAUGUGGAAAGGCUUUUAGACUGCUCUCACAACUUACUCAACAUCAGAGCAUUCAUACUGGGGAGAAACCUUAUGAAUGUAAGGAAUGUAGAAAACCUUUUAGACUUCUCUCACAACUUACUCAGCACCAGAGUAUUCAUACUGGUGAGAAACCCUAUGAAUGUAAGGAAUGUGGUAAGGCUUUUAGACUUUACUCAUUUCUUACUCAACACCAGAGAAUUCAUACUGGUGAGAAACCUUACAAAUGUAAGGAAUGUAAGAAGGCCUUUAGACAACAUUCACACCUUACUCAACAUCAGAAGAUUCAUAAUGGAAUUUAAUACAAGAAAAUUUUCAAAUGUAUGUUACAGAACAUUAGAAAAUUCAUUUUUGAAAAAUUUGUUGCACACUCAAAACUAAGCAUAAGAAAUUUUAUAUUAGAGAAAGAAUACAUUGUUUUAGAAGCCAUGUAUCACCAUUUAAACACUUUAUUUUCAGCAAACUCUUAUGAAAGAAUAAUGUAAUGAAUGUAGUACAAUCUUUAGCCUUAUUUAUUAUAUCCAUUUCACUGCUUUAUUACCAGUAUAUUAUUAGACAAGAUACUUAAACUUUUGUGCCGCAUUUUGCUCACUUGUAAAGUGGUAUUAAUAGCACUUAUGUUUUAGUUAUUUAUUGCUAUAUAAUAAAUUACCACAAACUUAGUAGCUUAAAAGAAUAUACAUUUAACAUCUUAAAAUUUCUAUGGAUCAGGAGUCCAAGCAUGACUUAGCUGGGUCCUCUGCUUCAGGGUCUCUCACAAGGUUACAAAGUUUUGGCUGGGUCUGGAUCUCA